UGUGUAAAAAAGUAACUGAAAAAAUAAAAAUUUUAUUUCGGAUGGAGGUCAAGUAAAGAAGAAGAAGAAGAAAUCUCCAUGGCCGGACGGGGAGACGAUAGCGACUCCGACGCUCCCGAGGAAUUCACGGCCGUUCAGGGUAUUGAGAAAAACGAGGAGAUUAUCAAAGCUGAAAGAGACAGCAAGGCCAGAGUUGUUCGCGAAGCAAAAGAGCGUCGCAGAAAAUGGGCCGAGAAGUUAACUCCACGGCCCAAACAGAACAAGAAAGCCGCGAAAGAUGAAACAGAAUCUAAACCUCAUUCUCCUGAGGAGUCUGAAGGUAUUACUACUGGAGGAGGAAUGCUACCUGACAGCAUUGUACAAAUGCUGGUAUCUCGUGAAAAAAAAGUUUUCUCAUCAGACUCCGAAGAAGAGGAACCUAAGAAAAGUACUGGUUCAAAAAAGAAAAGGCCAAAGAAAUCCGGGCUAAAACCUGUAAUUAUAAAAGAGAUACCUCCUCCUCCGUGCUUGGAUAGGUCAAUUGAUUUUUUGAAGAAACGGAAGAUGCAUGUUCAAAGAUCAUCUGCUGUUUUAAACAACUCCAACCAAGCACUGCGCUUUCUUACAUCAACUGGCUUGCUUUCUGGUCACUAAGGUUAUUUUUGGUUCAAGUAGUCAUGUUCACCACCGGCUUCUGCCAGAUCCAAAGAGAGCAACACCUCUAAUCUUCGAAUUCUACAGCCUAUAACAGCAUUGGUGUUGUAAUUUAGUCACCAAAGUGGGCUGUUAAGUUUCCAUUGCUGUUAUAUGCUACUUAUAUUACAUUUUGGCAUCGUUUGAACUUUGAAGAAGCUUGUAAUUGUAAUUUUAGUGACUGAGAUGGGACACAAAUGAAGUUGCACUGGUUUUUUGGUCACGGAGAUCCGUUUUCGAUUGCUGUAAUUAAGUCAGUGUUUACUAUUUGUAUCCGUUACAAAUGCUAAAAUUAAUGCCAUAGGUCAUGAAUAAUUUUGACCCCAAUUU